UUGAACCCUCGGUCUCGUAGCCUUUAAUGAAGGUCUCGGAGAAGGGAUCCGGUGUUAAAAAUGGAGAGAGAAGAAGUGGCUGGCGGUCGAGUGAAGAAGUGGGAGGCGAGGGAAUGGAGAGAGAAGCAGUGAGGCUGGCGGCCGAGGCUUAAAGCAGGGGAACCGCAGGGGCGGCCAUGGCGGCCUUGCUCGCCGGUGAGGGGAGCCCGGCACGGCGACACGCGGUCGGUCGGAAGCGUGCCGACUCGGCCGUUGGUCACAGCAGUAGUGCGCCCCCACCCCACCCACCCACGCGGCGCGCACGUCCACCCAGGCAACCCCCCCUUUGGGCACGGGGAUCCUUCAACCAAAUCGACUCGCCUCCUCCUCCUCCUCCUCUUCCCCACCGCCACUUCACGCACGCGCACCGCCCGCCUCCCCAAAUCUCUCCAGCUCUCUCUCACUCUCUCUCUCGCGCGCGCGCGCUGCCGAUCCCGAAUCAGUCGCCCCCGGAACCCUAGCCCCACCGGCCGCCGCAUCCCCGGCUCGAUUAGAUAAGUGAGGCACCGAUCGCGGCGGUCCCCGAUGAUCCUCGGGGCCCCUCCGGCGGCGGAGGAGGCAUGAGCCGACGGGGACUCGCCGGAGCCGCCCGCCAUGGACGCCGCCGCGCGACCGGCCAUCGUCAUCGACAACGGCACAGGGUAUAGCAAACUUGGAUUUUCUGGUAACUCUGAACCGUCUUUCACCAUCCCUACUGUAGUAGCUGUGAAUGAAUCUUUUCUAGACCAGUCAGAGCUGUUGCAUAGUGCGAACUGGAUAGCACAGUAUAAUGCAGGUGUCAUGGCUGAUCUUGAUUUUUUUAUUGGAGAUGAAGCUCUAUCGCGUUUUAGGUCUAGUGGGCUGUACAGUUUAAAAAGUCCAAUUCAUCAUGGUCAGGUUGAUGACUGGGAUACAAUGGAGAGAUUUUGGCAGCAAUGCAUGUUCAAUUAUCUACGGUGUAAUCCCGAAGAACACUAUUUCCUUCUUACAGAUAGUCCUGUCAGUACACCUGAAAGUCGUGAAUGUACAGGAGAAAUAAUGUUUGAGACCUUCAAUGUCCCUGGUCUAUAUAUUUCUGUUCAAUCUAUCCUCAGUCUUUCUGCUGGAUACGCCUACCUGAAAAGUCUUUCUGAUGAGAAUUCGGAUUCUACGUCCGAUAUGACAGGUGUCGUAGUUGAUAUUGGGGAUGGAGCUCCACACAUUGUGCCAGUUGUAAAUGGCUAUGUAAUUGGGAGUAGCAUAAAAUCUUUUCCUUUUUCCGGAAGUGACGUAACUCAGUUUGUUUUGCAGCUUUUACAGGAAAGAGGUGAGCUUCUGCCACCUGAGGAUUCUUUAGAUAUAGCUCGUAGGGUGAAAGAAAUGUAUUGCUAUACUUCUUCAGACAUUGUCAAGGAGUUCAAGAAGCAUGACAAGAAGCCUGAUAAGUACAUCAAACAGUGGUCCGCUAUUAAACCAAAGACUGGGGUCCCGUAUACAAUUGACAUUGGAUAUGAGCGCUUUCUUGGACCAGAGAUCUUCUUCAAUCCUGAAAUUUACUCUGCCGACUUCUCCACUCCUUUACCUGAACUGAUUGAUAACUGUGUUCAAUCUGCACCAAUUGACACAAGGAGAGCUUUGUAUAAGAAUAUAGUAUUAUCUGGUGGAUCUACCAUGUUUAAAGACUUCCACAAGAGACUCCAAAAUGAUAUAAAGAAGAUAGUAGAUGAUCGUGUUGCUACAACUAGCGCCCGUCAUCGUGUGGAAGUAAGACCUGUUGAAGUCAACGUGGUCGCCCAUCCUAUACAGAGUUACGCAGUUUGGUUUGGGGGUUCAAUAGCUGCAUCUAACCCUGAAUUUUAUGAGUAUUGCCACACAAAGGAAGAAUACGAGGAACAUGGAGCAAGCAUCUGCAGAACAAGCCCAGUUUUCAAAGGCAUGUACUGAAUUUUCUACACAUCCAAUCUUCUAGUAGGAGGUCAUUUAGGUUUCUCCAAAUAGAAUAUAGUCAAUUUUGAUUCUUUGUGGCCCAUGGCAACCAUUAUCGGGCCAUCCUGACUAGAUUGGUAGCGCUGUUUGUAGUUGUCUGUUCUGUAUCGCUUGUGUAUAGCCAACAAUUUGGUUCCUGUUCGAGGUGCAUGAUUGUAGCCAAAACCUUGGACAGUUGGGAAGAAAUAUUUGCCUUUCUUUUCAUUAGUUUGUCCAGACAGAUUAUGAAACUCUUGUUAAUAAGGAGUCAGGCUAAAUUUAGGACUGUGUCCAGGACACUAUAUACAAAUUGUUCGUUGAUGAUCU